AAAGAGAGCAGAAACUCUUCCACAUGGUUCAUCAUCCAGAUAAACAUUAUCCUUUAUCCUGUCAAAAAUCUUUUGGAUCAAAACAUUGUACUGCAGUAUGAAAAAAAAAACAUGUUUUCGGAACUUAAGUUCAGUGUGAGGCUUUUCCCACAUUCACUGCCUCCUCUGAGAUUCUCUGAGUCUCUUCUGUUUUCAGGAAGCAAUCCUAUUUUUUAUCUCGAUAAAAACAUCUUCAAAGCCAUCUGAAUUUGCGUCACUUAUCCAACCACAUAAACUGAACUGCACUAUUAUAGUUAUCUUUAACACAAGGACACAGCUCUAUAGGCCUGAUUCCAUCCAUACUUAUUUUGUAGAUUUAUUUGGCAGAUCUGUGAGUGAAUUCUGUGAUAGUGAGCCCGGGUUAUCUUAGCCAUCCAUCACUUGUUGCUGCACUAAUACUACUGCUACAUGUGACGAAUAGAUCUAUGAAUAGAGGGAAACCUGCAGCUGCAGUGAAUUAGGUCAAACUAUUUUGAGUUACAUCAUUAACUUAAUUUUGAGUGGAUUGUUCUUGUUUUAACAGAAUCAGUGUCUUGACUAGAAGUGCAAGGAGGGGAAAUUGAAGUGAAGGGGACUACUGCCUGGAACACUGGGAUCGCUCCAAGUGACGGUGCGUAUAUUCCAUAUUCAGAGAAAGUCCAGUGGCGGAGCGUGGAAUCUCCUACUGCGAGAGCUGUUCUCCUCUGGGUGCUGAGCAAAAAGCGGAACAUUUUGUCAUCAUGAACACAGACCAACAUCCUGAAUUUACCACCCCAGAGGGAAACGGGAUGGAUGUCUGCAGUGAUGUUGCAGAUGUGAAGCCACAGGAGGAGGAAGAAGAGAGGGAGGAUAGCUCGUUCAGUGAGAAUGGAAUGCAGUGUGCUGAAGGUGUGACGGAUCCACGUACGAUAAAGACAGAGGCAGAGGAGAUGGAAGACAACGAGCACUUCCCCAAAUCUGAAAAAGAAAGGGAUAUUGUGCCAAAAGAGGAAGCAGAGGGGGCCAGUGAGGACGGGAUGGAGGAAGGAUUUGAUGAGGAGAGGACAGAGGAGGACGAUGAGGAGGAUAGGGAAGGGGAGGGGGACGAAGAGGGAGAUACCCUGAAUGAGCCACAGGACCUGUCACUGGUGGACUACUCGCGUUACGACAGUGCAGCCCUGCCAGACGCCCACGCAGCAGUAGCGGCUGGUGCAGAAGGGCCCUAUGUGCCUGGAUCCAUGGCUCCCCGCAUCCAGGCGACAGGCAAGCUCAACUGUGACAUCUGUGGCCUGUCCUGCGUCAGCAUCAACGUACUGUUGGUGCACAAGCGUAGCCACACGGGUGAGAGGCCAUUCCACUGUACCCAGUGUGGGGCCUCCUUCACCCAGAAGGGAAACCUGCUUCGCCACAUCAAACUGCACUCCGGGGAGAAGCCUUUCAAAUGUCCCAUGUGCAGCUACGCCUGCCGUCGACGCGACGCUCUGAGCGGCCACCUGCGCACACAUUCUGUAGAGAAGCCAUUCAAGUGCAACCACUGCAGUCGCAGCUACAAACAGCGCAGCUCGCUCGAAGAGCACAGAGAGCGGUGCCAUAUGUACAUUCAGAGCAAAGGUACCACUGAGAGAGCAGAGGACGGCCAGACAUCCAGGACACAGAUGGGCACUGAGCGUGCUCUGCUUCUCGACAGGCUCGCCAGCAAUGUAGCCAAACGGAAGAGCUCAAUGCCACAGAAGUUCACCGGCGACAAUGGUGUCUGCCUGGACCUGAGUUUUAAUAGGGAGCUGGUCCACCGAACUGACCUCAAGGACUCUACACCAGGCUCCCCAGGGCCCGAUGCCCACCAUCAGCAACAACCCAUCCUCACAGGGCCAGAAAGCGACCCAGCUCCCUCCCACAGGCCUUACCCCAUCCAGUUAGGUCGCAAUAACAUCAGCCCAAUAGGCCUUACCAACGGUCACAAGAUGGGCAUGCCACUCCUGGGCCUCCCUCACAACACCCAACCACCCCACGGCAUGGACUCGUUCCACACUGAUGGCUCCCAGAUGUCCCAGCCUGUCAUGUACAGCUUAGGCCAUCUGCUGGGAGGGCUGAACCACCAGAACGGCAUGCCUCACCCGCACUCCCAGCCCAUCCCCUUGACACCACUGGAGGCUUUACGGGUGCCGCGGGCCGACGGGGAAGCCGGAGCGAUGCCCGGGGCGGUGUACCCCUGUGGCCACUGCAGGGUGAUCUUCCUGGACUACGUCAUGUUUACCAUCCACAUGGGGUGCCACGGCUUCCGCGACCCGCUCGAGUGCAACGUCUGCGGCCACCGCAGCCGGGACCGUUACGAGUUCUCUUCCCACAUAGCUCGCGGCGAGCACCGCCUAGAACUGAAGUAGCUUUCAUUCAUGCAGAUAUUCAUGCAGACAUUCAUGCAGACAUUCAUGCAGACAUUCAUGCAGACAUUCAUGCUUACACACACACGCAAGCACGCACAAACACAUAUGCUCAGACAGAUAACACUGCAGGAGCACACACAGAUUUACUCAUAUUAGUAGCUGGUGGUAUCAGAAAUGAAAGCAUGAAGUAGCAGCUAUUUCUCUCUGUGUGUUUUUCCUGUGUGUGUGUGUGUGUGAGUGUGAGUGUUUAAGAGAGAUAGAUUGAGAGAGACGUUAUAGGAGUGUGACGAGUGUCAGAGUGUUCUUAGUCAUAAUGUACUCAUCUGAAAAGAUGGCCUGUAAAGUUUUUAUGCGGGAGUAUUUCUACUUCCUUUUGAUACAUACAUUUGUACUUAAUGAUCCCUCCUCUAGCCGCUGUUUAUAUCAUAUAUCCAUGUAUACAUUCAAAUAUUCGGAAAAAUGGCAAAAAUGAAUGCAUUGUAUAUCUACUAUUUCUUCCAUCUGUGUAAAGGUGUAAAAAUAAAAGACAACUUCUUUUUUUUCCUUCAUCACACAUAGACCUG